GUUGGGCUCAGAAUUCCGCCAAAACGCGACAUCCGCCGAGUGUUUAGAUGCAGUUUUGGUAAGAGCAGAUUCUGCGCCUCUGCUUGUAGCAUCGCUGCGGACUUUUGAUCACUUUCUGAGCAGCUCAGUGUGUGAAGGUCUGCGCUGAAGAUUUUGCCUGCUGCCCUUAACCUGUCUGGGUUUCUGCCCUGUGGCAGCACAGCAAUGAAGAGUGACGAGGAGAAGGAGGAGCUGAACAUGACUGAGGAGGAGCUGCAGCGCUGGGUGCAGGCGGAGGUGAACCGGGAUGAGCAGCUGGUGCGGAGGCGGGCACAGCUGGCCCAGGUGGAGGACUGGGUGAAGCGUAAAGAGAGGGAGGCCAGCUACACCCGCCUGCUCUACAGCAACGCCUGCGAGUCGGUUCUCGAGUGCGAGUCGGUGAUGAAGGGACUGUAUGGAAUGCUGGGAUUGGAAUAUCGAGACACAGACUCGGAGGAGGAAGAAGGGGCCAAACCAAAAGAGAACAUUAUUCAGAUCGCAGAUGAUGAUGAUGGAGAGGAUGAGUGUGGUGAUGAUGUCUCUGCUGAUGGGGAUGAUGAUUAUGUUGUCAUUGAUUUGGGUGCUGCUGUUCCAGAUUCAUCAUCCGAGGUCAAGCCAAAGGUUGAGCCUUCUGAGACUUCUGUACAGGUCCUAGGUCAAACAGACAAAAAGAUUAAGGCUGUUAACACUGUGGAUUUAGUAACAAUGUUGGAAACUAGCCCUUCUAGAAGUCCAGAACCAUCCAUUAUUUCCUUACCAAUCAAAAAGGACAGAGAGUCCCCUGUACCCAUUAGUAGUAACCCAUCUCCUGAUGUCCUGCCUUCCACAUCUUUCAGACCUAUCAGUCCACCAUUAAAGAGGGAAAAUAGCCCUGCUAGAAAUUCAGAAUCUUGCAACAGUUCCUUACCAACCAUCAAGACCAGAGAUUCCCCUGUACCUAUUAGUAGUCCAUCGCUCAGUGACCUACCUCCCACAUCCUUCACACCUAUCCACUUGCCAACAAAGAGGGAAAGGAGCCCGUCUAGAAGUCCAGAACCAUCGAUCUAUUCAUUGCCAACCAUUAAAACCAGAAAAUCUCCUGUACCGGUUAGUUGUACUUCAUCACCUGAUGUCUUGUCUUUUGGAACCUUCAAACCUGUGGCUUCACCAACAAAGAAGGAAAUUAGCCCUUCUGGAAGUCCAGAACCAUCCAACAAUUUAUUAUCAACCAUCAAGACCAGAGAAUCCCCUCUACCCAUUAGUAGUGUUUCAUCACCUGAUGUCCUAAGUCCUCUGUGUACUCCCAUAAGCACCCCUACACCCAGUUACACAGCUGAAUCCUCUCCAUUGACCACAGCUCCACCCACACCUUCUGUACCGGUGAACAAUGUAGAAACUAUAGCCAAAGAAACAUCUGUUUCUACAGAACAGAAUAGUGAAGCCCCAGCACCGCCUGAGGCAUCCAGCAAAACAUCUGCAUCUUCAACAAAAUCUUCUCUUGCUCUCACAUCUUCAAACAAGGUUUCAGUCAACCAAAAGCAAGUCUCUAGUGGUACAAGCUCCACUACACCGUCAAACUCCGCUGGUGAAACCAGUGAAAAGGCCAAGAGUGCCAGUGUGACACACGUCACCAAGCCUUCAAGCUCUGUAACUUCUAGCACCACAACACACUCCACAUCCACUGCUAAAGCAAACACCACGAGCACUACAGCCAGCACUGCAGCUCCAAGUACAACAACUUCUACCAAGCCUUCAGAUGCUAAAGAAGCGUCCCAGGCUCAGCCCGCCCGAGUUCAGAAAGAGGUGGAGCUGAAGGUUGACAUGAAUGUUUUUGGAAGGCGGAGGACUAAAACAUGGCAUCAGGGCACCAUUUUAGAAAUCAAAUCAACAGCGUCUGGGAACAGGUAUAAGGUCAAAUUUGAAGGGGAUAAAGGGAAGAGUGUUUUAUCCGGUCAUCACCUGGCGUGUGUGAACUGUCCUAUGCUAAAGGAUCUGUUUGUUGGUUGUCGAGUUGUGGCCCGCUACAAAGAGGACGACCAGUCUUGGUUGCAUGCUGCUAUUAUAACAGAGAUGCCAGAUCGCAAGAACCGUAUGAGGUUCAUGGUGUUUUUUGACGAUGGCCGCGCAGCCUACGUUUCCCUCCCAGACCUUCAUCUGGUUUGCAAACCAUUGAAGAAUAUAUAUGAGGACAUAGAGGACGAUGGGCCUCGUAUAGAGGUGGAGGAAUAUCUAAAGGCGUAUCCAAAUCCCAUCUUUGUGGUGGUGCGGGUAGGGCAGGAGAGCAAGGCAGAGCGUGAUGGCAAAUGGGAAGACUGCACCAUCUCUCAGGUGGAUGCCAGCUUGGUUCAGAUCUGCUACACGAAAGACAAAGAAAAGGAGUGGUUUUAUAAGGGCUCAAAUCGACUGGACCACAUCCAAAGAAUUAAAAAGCGAAUGGCCGGGCAGAAAACGGAACAGCCUUCAAACAAAGUCGUAAGUGUCACAAAUCAGGGGAGCACAACAACUACUGCAGCCACUACCACUACUGCAUCUUCCACCACCACCACUGCAGCCCCCGCCACUACUGCAACUGCCACCACAGCUGCCAACGCCACCAGUAAAACCACCUCAUCAAGAGUAACCACACAACCUGUUGCCCUAAGACCUUCCACUCCUAAAAGUGUCACAAGGACAGCUGCCAAACCAAUAUCACAGCCUAAGAUCGUCCUUCACAGAAUUAAUAAUCCUGAAGCUUACUUGUCAACUGUUGCUGUAUCAAAAGCCACCUUACCCACAGAACCCAUAGUAACCAGUCCAUCUAACAAAGGUACAAAACGUCCUGCAGAGGUAGACUUUUACCAGAACGUUCCUCCCCCGGUCGUUGAGCCUCGGCUGAAGUAUGUGCCUCACCGCUGCUGCCCAACCUGUCUGGAUCAGGUGAGGCCAACACAAAAGGACCAAUACCGCAGCCAGAACCCUCUGCUCAUCCCUCUUCUUUAUGGUUUUCGCCGAAUGACAGGUAGAAAACGCCUGGAGGGCAAGAUGUCCUUCCAUGUCUUCUACCGUGCUCCAUGUGCGCGGAGCAUGUGCAAGAUGGAAGAGGUGCAGGACUUCUUGUUUGAGUCACGUUGUGACUUUCUCUUCCUGGACAUGUUCUGCUUGGAUCCUUUUGUGUUGGUGAAACGAGCCAUGCUCCCCUCCUCCAUCAGUAGUCGGCCCAAUCUGUUCUUGCCAGACAUCUCGCAGGGGAAGGAGGCGGUACCUGUGCCAUGUGUUAAUGAACUUGACUCUGCCUGUCCACCCCCUCUAAACUACACCAGACACAGAGUUCCUGCCCCUGGUGUCGUCAUCAACACCAGCCUUGACUUCAUGAUGGGCUGUGACUGCACCGAUGGCUGCCGAGACAGGUCAAAGUGUUCCUGUCAGCAGCUGACAAUAGAGGCCACAUCGUUGUUCACAGGUGGUCCAGCAGAUGUUACUGUUGGAUAUGCAAACAAACGACUAACCGGAUAUGUGCCCACUGGGGUGUAUGAGUGUAAUCCUCUGUGUCGCUGUGACCCGUGGAUGUGCAGUAACAGGCUGGUGCAGCACGGUCUGCAGCUGCGUCUGCAGCUUUUCAUGACUCAGCACAAAGGCUGGGGCAUCCGCUGCCUGGAUGAUAUCUCCAAGGGAACGUUUGUUUGCAUUUUCACAGGUAAAGUAGUUACAGAUGACAUGGCUAGCAUGGAGGCUAGCAUGUCUGGAAACGAAUACUUGGCUAACCUGGAUUACAUUGAAGAAGUUGAAAAACUGAAGGAGGGUUAUGAAAGUGAAGCCUAUUGCUCUGAAGCGGAGCAGGAGGGUGAGAAGAAGGUUCUCGUAAGGAUGACAACAGGAUCAUUAAAGAAGCACGACGUGUUCACAAGAGACUCUAGUAGUGGUGAAGAAAUGGAAGUUUCAGACCAACAGAAGACAGAGAGGAAUGAGAGAAGCGGCAGAUGGAAGAGUAAAACAAAUGAUUGUGAGGAUGAAAAUGUGUCUUGUUCUGGAGAUGAAGAUGAAGAUGAUGACAUGGAUGAUGAGGAUUACAAAGUAAGCUCAGAUGAAGCAGAUGUGAAUCCAAAACGCUUGAAUGUUGACUGUCAGAGGACCUACAUCACACGAAGGAAUGCUAAGAUCCUGAACGUUGAUGAAGAUAUACACAGUGACCUCAGUCCACCCCUACCUCCGAAACUGGUGGAGGACCAAACAGAGGUGUCUCCUUCCAUGGCCAAACAGAUGAGGAAAGAGGGCCCAGGGGAAGCUAGAGUGGGGUUUGCCCGGAAGACCACACGCAAUUUUGCCAUCAAAUCCUUCCACAGGAAGGUGAAGCAACCAGAAGUGCCCAAGGAAAAGCCACAGGAGAAGACGACACACUGCAGAAGGAACACCCGAAGCCUGUUCAAUAAUGAGAAGGCCUGUUACCUUAUUGAUGCCAAGGACAAGGGCAACAUAGGACGCUUUAUCAAUCAUAGCUGCAGUCCCAACUUGUUUGUUCAGAAUGUGUUCGUGGACACGCAUGACCUCCGCUUCCCCUGGGUCGCAUUCUUCGCCAGCAAGCGGAUCAGGGCCGGCACUGAACUGACAUGGGAUUACGGAUAUGAAGUGGGCAGCGUGGAGGGAAACGUACUGCUCUGCUGCUGCGGCUCGGCUGAAUGCAAGGGGAGGUUGCUCUGAGCCCCCUCCCUGAUUAAACGAAACCUAGAGACCCAAACAUAGAUUGUGUUUUCAUUUUAAUGUUAUAUUUGUUAAUAAUAAAAUAUGACAAUAUUGA